AUGGUUCGCCCCACGGGUACUCGCGAUCUUAUCGCCGGCCCCGAUACCCCACAGGCACCCUUCCCACUCAAGCUUCGUGGACCAGUAAUCAAAGGCUUCGGACGAGGCAGCAGAGAACUCGGCAUCCCCACAGCCAACAUCCCCCUCUCCGGCCUCAGCAUAAACGGGCACUCUGACCUCGACUCCGGCAUCUACUACGGCUUCUGCACGCUCGACCACUCCACCAUCUCCCCCAACAGCACCACGGUGCCCUCCGCCACAGACGACACUUCGCUCCCGAGCAAGAGCUCCUCGCACGCCGUCCUCGACCUUGAAUACACCGCCUCGGUUCCGACCGCCGCGCGCUCCCCCGUCUACCCGACCGUGCUCAGCAUCGGCUACAACCCGUACUACAAGAACACCACGCGCUCGAUCGAGAUCCACGUGCUUGCAAACUUCGACGCGGAUUUCUACGGCGCAGAGCUGAGUCUCGUGAUUUUAGGGUUCAUACGGCCCGAGUAUGAUUAUGUGAGUAAGGACGCGCUCGUUGAGGAUAUUAGGGAGGACAUCAGAGUUGCUCAGAGGAGUUUAGCGAGGGAGGCGUAUCAGGCAUGUAAGGAGGAUGCGUGGUUGAGGGGCGAGGGUGGCGACGGCGAGGGCCAAGUCACAGGGCGGAGUGAUGCAAAGGCGGUCCAGGGGCAGAGUGUGGAGAGUGAAGAAGAGAACGUGAAGCUUGUACCUGGGGAUCAGGGGCAGAAGGACGAGGUCGCAAUGAGUGCAAUGCCGAGCUAG